AUGGCAUCAGGCACAGUUGAUGAGGCUGUUGACGUUUUUUACUCUAUCUUGUAUCGCAUAAUUGACCAAUUUAUACCAGUUGUAGACACAAGCAUUAACGAUGCAUACCCUGUGUGGUAUGAUCGUGCCCUCAUUAACUUGCUUAGGGAAAAACAGAAAGCUCAUCGGCGGUGGAAACGUUAUAAGAAUCCAUUGGAUUACGAUACGUUUUCAAUGCUCAGAGGGAGAAUGAACGUUAUGCAAAAUGCCUGUUAUCUUAAAUAUUUAGCACACUGCCAAAAAACCAUUAAAUGUAACCCUAAAAUGCUGUGGUCAUACGUUAACUCUAAACGUAAAUGUAAUACAGGAUAUCCAGGUAUAAUGACGUUAGACGACAAGCAGUUAACGGGCAGCGACGACAUUUGUGCAGCUUUUAAUUGUUACUUUAAGAGUAUGUUUGCUCAGCCAACUUGUUCUAGUUCUGUGGCGGGUCAGGCAUAUACCGGAGUAGACUCUAAUAGCUUCGCAGGCACUUUCUCAGUCACGCAAAAGACAGUUUUUAAGAUGCUUUCAAAGCUAGAUACUAAAAAAGGCGCCGGUGGCGACCUAAUUCCGCCAUUUUUUGUGCUAAAAUGUGCUGGGCCACUGUCCGUCCCCCUGUGCAUUAUCUUCAACCGAUCAGUUUCUGAGGGAAUUUUUCCUGCAAAAUGGAAAGAAGCUAGUAUAGUUCCUCUCCACAAAAAAGGUACUAAAUGCAAAAUGGAGAAUUACCGCCCAAUAUCGAUUUUAAAUGUUUUUGCUAAAUGCUUAGAGCGAGUUGUUUACGAUGAAGUUUACCCAAUGAUAAUAAAAGGAAUACCAGAAGAACAACAUGGUUUCGUAAAGGGUAGAUCGACAACGUCAAAUUUAAGCCUGUUUGUUAGCGACGUACAUAGAGGCAUGGGUUUUCAGUCUCAGGUUGAUGUGAUGUAUACAGAUUUCGAGAGAGCCUUCGACCGCGUUGAUCAUAUCAUACUGCUGCAAAAACUCCAACAGCUUGGUAUCACGGGGAUUUAUACAGGUGGGUAA